GAGGACGUGAACUUCACCCGCCUCCGCACCGCUGCUGGGGAGGGGACCUGGCUUUUGUCUCUCCCGCCCCAGGCGGGAUUUUUGAUCUUGGUGUCCCCCACCCUGUUCGGCAAUCUUUGCCUUAAGGCAGAAUCUGAUAAAAAAAGGAAGACGAUCCUUCGGCCAUGUUGGAGGCCAGCUUGGAUUGCAAAUUGAAGGUGGAAGAGCAAGACUCGGCUGGCCCCGAAAUGGGAGAAGGCCUUCAAACCAUGCAAGUUGGGAGCAGCAGAGAAUUCUGGGAGACAGCUGUGAUGACGGACUUGGCUGAGGACACCCUCAGCCGCGACGUCCAGCGCCAGCGCUUCAGGCAGUUCUGCUACCAGGAGGCCGAGGGGCCCCGAGAAGUUUGCAAGCGACUCCACGAUCUCUGCCGUCAGUGGCUGAAGCCGGAGCGACACACCAAAACUCAGAUGCUGGACUUGUUGAUCUUGGAGCAAUUCCUGGCUAUCCUGCCCCCGGAGAUGGAGAGCUGGGUGAGGGAAUGUGGAGUGGAGACCAGUUCCCAGGCGGUGGACCUAGCGGAAAGUUUCCUCAUGAGCCAGGCAGAAGAGGAGAAGCAGGAAGUGAAGCAGGAGCUGUUUGACCAAGUGGUCACUGAUUUCCCCAAGGCAGAGAAGGUUCCAUCGGACACUGGACAGGGGCCGCAAUCCAGGUGGAUCGUGCAGGAGGGUGACGGAGAGGCCACCUCUGCAGCAGGAGAGGUAGCCGUGCUGGUGAAGCAGGAGCCUGAAACAUUCGCAGAAGUGGCCGCUGUUCUCCCCGAGGCAGAGAAAGAUCCGUGGAUGCCGGCAAGAUCAUCUCUUGAUUGUCAUGGAGCGGAAACAGCUUCUUUGCUGCCGGAUCAGGAACUGGCGCCCAUCAAGCUGGAGGCUGAGCAUUUCACUGAGGAGAAGUGGGCCCCGCCGGAUCCGCCCCAAAGAGUCUUACACAUGGAAGUCACAGAGGAGAAAUGGGAGACUGUAGCUUCUCUGGGUGGUGUCCAGGAGAGGGGGAACGAAGGAGAACCCUGCCUGGUGUUGUUGGAAGGAGCCCACUGUAAACAGGAGGAAGACCAGAGCGCAAAAACAGAACUCAAAGAUAAAAGGAGGAACAAAUCCUUGGCUUCUCAGGGUGGUGCCAAGGUGGCCCCAGCCCAAGAAAAAACAGAUAGUGGGAAGGAAGGGAGUCAGUGCCUUGUGUGUGGGAAAAGCUUCAGUAGUAAAUCGAGCCUUAAUCUUCAUAAGAGAACUCACACAGGGGAGAAACCCUAUAAAUGCUUGGAGUGUGGGAAAAGCUUUGGUCAGAGCGCCCACCUUACCUCCCACCAAAGAAUCCACACUGGGGAGAAGCCGUAUAAAUGCCUGGAGUGCGGAAAGAGCUUCAGCCAGAAGAUAACACUUACUUUUCACCAAGGAUCUCACACCGGGGAGAAGCCAUUUAAAUGCUUGGAGUGUGGCAAAAGCUAUAGCCGAAAGUCAUACCUGACCAGACAUCAACGGAGUCACACAGCGGGGAAACAAUAUAAAUGCUUGAAGUGUGGGAAAAGUUUUAGCCAUAGCCAAAACCUCCGGGCACAUCAAAAGAUCCACAAAGGAGAGAAACCUUAUAAAUGCCUGGAGUGUGGAAAAAGGUUUCCACAGAAGAUACAUCUCUGCAUCUCAGGGUAGGAAACAUAUGAAAUCCUAACCCAAUAAAACAACAAAAGCAAACAUCUUGUGGCACCUUAAUGACUUUAACAAAUUUAUUCUGGAAUAAAGUUUUGCGGACAAUAGCCCACUUCAUCCAAGCCGUGGAGCAUUAUGGGGAUUUUGAGGGUUAUAUGCAGUACAUAUUGUGGUGAUGUAGGGACAGAAUUGCAAACCAUGAGGUCAGACGGAAAUUAAAUUCAGGAAGUAUGGACAGUGACAAUCGCAUAAUUAACUGCAGCCAUUCACAAAAUGGUUGCGGCUGUUAACGCAAACAAACUAGAUAAACCAAUUAACUCUUGUAUUGUGAUAAAAGUUCUUUAUCCUGAUUCAGGCCUCUCGGGGUAGAAUCGAACAUCUUGGUAAAUUGGAACGCCACAGUGUGUCGCUCUGACUUCCCUUUGAAGUUUCUUUGCUCCACA